GUUUAAUGCCAAAUCUCCUUUCAUAUUUUAUAUUUAUCUCUUUCAGUACAUAACGUGCUCAAUAUUUUAAUUAUCUUUUUCAAAUAAACUGACCAUGAACGGAAAAUAUAAAGUUGGAAUCAGCUUUAACAAAGAGCUGCUGCAGUCCUUGAAAAACGACGAAAAUUCUGGUGUAGAACUCAAAAGAAGUCAGUACCAUCUAUGUAUUCAUCCUAUUCAGUUGAAUAACUUCAGCAAAUCUAUAAAACAGGUUCUCAAUCAAGGGAUUGCAAAAUAUAACAAAGAGGAACCUCUAAACGAGCAGUAUCUUUGUUGCAAUAUUUAGCUAUAAUAUUGGCAACUAUAGUCCAGCUCUUAUGACCAUAUUCCAGACACGUGGCUCAGCUAUGUACAUAUUGGUAAUUUUGAAAGAAGAGAAUGUGUAAUUAUGUCACCAGGUCAUACUAAAAAUAUUACCAUCUGCUGUUGCUGGUGACUUUAUUGCAGCAAAAAUAUUGCCCACUUAGAAAUACCUUACCUAUACAGAAUGUUAUUCUACAUGUACGACUCUUCAGCAUAAAACCACCGAAGUCUUGGAUCCCUUCAAGUCACCUAAAUAGACUCAUUGUUUUUAGUUUAGAGGGGAUACUCUUAGGCUUCGAGAAAACCCAACUGUUAAGUAGAGAAGGGUAUAUUCACAAUGAUUCCUGUUACAUACAUUUGGAUAUCAAAGCAGACUUCUAUGUGUUUACACCAGAAAUUGGUAAAGAGAUGAAGGGGAUAGUGAAUAGAAAAAGUAAAGACCAUUUAGGGCUUCUCUUGUACAAUGCCUUGAAUGUAUCAAUACUGAAACCUAAAGAUAAUGAGGAAUGGAUUGGGGAAUUUGUAGACAUAGGAUGUGAGGUGUUGUUCAAGAUAACCUACUUCAGUCUCACUUCUUUUAUGCCCUAUAUUAGAGGCGAAGUCAUAUCAGUAUUAACUGAUGUGAGCACCAUUACAAAAACAAAUAUAGAUGAUACAGAAAAAAAGCAAAAGCCUAAGAAAAGGAAGCAGGUUGAGCCUAUUGAAGAAGUCUCUAAAAGUAAAAGAAAAAAAGUAGAUAACUCCUCAACUGAUGAACCUGAACAUGGAUCUAUCAAAAAAUAUUCAAAGAGUUUGAUUAGUGAUAUAGAUCAAACUCCCUCUGAUGUAGCUAACAAUAACUCUUCCAAACAGAAAUCAAAAGGCCAUGAAGAUAGUUCGAUACAAAACUCUACUGGUUAUACAACCUUUGAGGAAAACCUCCUUGAAAAUGCGGACAUUGUGGAAGAAACCGAAGAGAAGAAAUCAAAGAAAUAUAAGCAAAUAAAAAGACGUUCUUCAGAAACUACUGUGGUUCCUUCUAUCGCCCAAAGAAACAGUAUGUUUUCUUCAGUUGAUAGUCCUUUGAUGAAAAUUGUAGGAGAUGAUAGUACAACAUUGAACGCAGAUAGCGAAGAUUUAACUUCUACAUUCAAAAUAGAGACUUUGAAGGAAAAAAAUAAGACUAAGGUCAAAAAAGAUAAACGAAAAAGUAUCGCACUGUUGGAAAAAGAUAUUAGUGAUGAAGCAUACUUAGAGGAUACACAGCUAAAGGUGACAGUUAAAGAAGAAAAACCUAGUACAAAGAAAAAUAAAAGUAAAAAACAUGAUAAGUCCAUAGAAAGUACUACUUUCAAUAUACCAAUUAUGAUUAAAGAGGAACCUACUUUAGAUGAUAUUCCAGUUAAGAAAAAAUCAAAGAAGCAUAAAGAUAAGAGUCAUGAAGAUGAAGCAUGAAUCUAAAUUGAAAUACUAUCUUUGUAUAAACUCAUCACUUUACAUGCUUGAAUAUAUAUUUUGAGGGGAA